CCCGGGUCCAACCGCGGCGGUGCCAAGAGAAAGCCCGGAGCUCGGCGGUGCAAAUCCUCCCGCAGCCCGGCGCAGUCCUGCAAAAAAGGGGGCGGUGGUGGCAGCCGGAGACCGGAAGGGAGAGAAGGGAAGUGAGCGAGAGGGGCCACCCCGGAGGUGGCGUCUGCAUCGCCUCUCGAGGGCGCCCGAGUCCUGGGAGCACCCGAGGUUGAGCCAAAGUGGCACAAUCCUCUAGCUCGGCCUGCAGCGCGUCGGGACCCCGAACUUGCCAGUGCGCCCCAAAGCCUGCCCGCCCGUUGCGCUCCCGCCACUGGCCAUGGGCACCGCCGGCUCCACCGCGCUCGCCCGCCUGGGCCUGCCCGCGACCGGCCGACCCGUCUGGCUGGGGGUGGCCGCUCUGGGGGCGGCCGCGGUGACCCUGGGGGCCGUGGCCUGGCACCGCGCGCGCUCUCGGCGGCCCCGGCGGCUGCAGCAGGUGGGCACCGUGGCGCAGCUCUGCAUUUACCCGCUCAAGUCGUGCAAAGGGGUGCCGGUGAGCGAGGCCGAGUGCACAACCCUAGGGCUGCGCAACGGUCACCUGCAGGACAGGUUCUGGCUGGUUGUCAAGGAGGAUGGACACAUGGUCACAGCCCGGCAGGAGCCACGCCUGGUUCUGGUCUCUGUCACCCCUGAGGGCGACCGCUUGGUCCUUGGUGCUCCUGGCAUGGACCCACUGGUGAUGCCCAGCAAGAUGCCUUCAUCCAAUAAACUUCAGAACUGCAGGCUAUUUGGUCUGGAUAUUCAGGGUCGGGACUGUGGUGAUGAGGUGGCCCAGUGGUUUACGAACUAUUUGAAGACAGAAGCUUACCGGCUGGUUCAGUUUGAAAAGAACAUGAAAGGAAGGCCUUCGCGGAAAAUUCUCCCUGCUUUUGUGCAGAAAUACCAGGUGGCUUACCCAGACUGCAGCCCAAUCAUGAUCCUCUCCGAGGCCUCCCUCGCCGACCUCAACACCCGCAUGGAGAAGAAAGCCAAGAUGGAGCAUUUCAGGCCCAACAUCGUGGUUACUGGCUGCGGUGCCUUCCAGGAGGACACGUGGGAGAACCUGAUGAUCGGCAGCGUGGAGAUGAGAAAGGUCUUGGCCUGCCCGAGGUGCAUCAUGACCACUGUGGACCCUGACACUGGAGUCAUCGACAGAAAAGAACCACUGGACACGCUCAAGAGCUACCGGCUGUGUGACCCCGCUGAGAAGUCCAUUUAUAAGACAUCACCCCUCUUUGGGAUCUACUACUCGGUGGAGAAAAUUGGCAGCCUGAAAGUAGGGGACCCAGUGUAUCAGAUGGUGUACUGACCCCGUGGGGACCAUGGGUAAGAAGCGAUGGAACUGCCACAGCUGCCAUCCAGAAGGUUCCACGACCACUGGGGAUGGGU